AUGAACGGAAACAUACAGAAAUUCAAUAUAAUUCUGCGUAAAAGCAGACCAGGGAAACAACUGUAUAGUAGUGAAGCUUUAAAACUAAAAAGAAAUCCAAACUUAGAAAAGUUAUAUACAGGAGAAAAGCAAAAUUUGGAAAAAGUUCCCUUUAAGAAAGAAAAAAUCGAAGACAUAAUUAAAGAAGUAAAAUUUGAUUACUACUAUUUUAAUGAAGGAAAAAAAAAUACAUACAAAGAUAUUCCACUCAAUAUUGCUGUCAUAAAAGAAUCAGAAUUGCCACCUUUCAAGGAGGUUGAUGAAAAAUUACAUUUUUCAAUUUUGGAAAAUGACCUGAGAAUUAUUUCUACAAACAAGAAUAACAACGUUUGUUCCAUAGGGUUAUAUGUAAAGUGCGGGUCCAGGUAUGAAGAAAUAAAUGAUAAGGUGAAUGAACAGGGAAUGAGUGUAAUGAUAGAGAAUAUGGCAUUUCAUAGCACUGCCCAUUUGUCUCAUUUGAGAACAAUAAAAUCAUUGGAGAAAAUAGGAGCUAAUGUGAGCUGUAAUGCAUUUCGUGAACACAUAGUUUAUACAUGUGAAUGCUUAAAGGAAUAUUUACCAGUAGUGACAAAUUUAUUAAUAGGGAAUGUUUUAUUUCCACGAUUUUUAUCAUGGGAAAUGAAAAAUAAUGUAAAUCGUUUAAAUACAAUGCGUACGAAAUUAUUUGAAAAUAACGAAUUAUACAUUACUGAAUUGUUACACAAUACUGCAUGGCAUAACAAUACAUUAGGAAACAAAUUAUAUGUAUGUGAAUCAAGUAUAGAAAAUUAUACUUCAAGUAAUUUAAGGAAUUUUAUGCUUAAACAUUUUUCACCCAAAAAUAUGACCCUAGUUGGCGUUAAUGUAGAUCAUGAUGAAUUAACAAAAUGGACAUCCAGAGCAUUCCAAGAUUAUGUUUCUAUUCCGUACACAAAUCAGAAAGAAGUAACUCCAAAAUAUACUGGUGGAUUUGUAAGUGUAGAAGAUAAAAAUGUUAAAAAAACAAAUAUUGCAAUAGCUUAUGAAACAAAAGGUGGUUGGAAAACUUCAGAUAUGAUUACUCUAACUGUUUUGCAAACCCUAAUGGGUGGAGGUGGUUCUUUUUCAACAGGGGGUCCAGGAAAAGGUAUGUAUUCUAGACUAUUUCUAAAUGUUUUAAAUAAUUAUAAUUUCAUAGAAUCUUGUAUGGCUUUUAGUACUCAACAUUCAGAUACUGGUUUAUUUGGAUUAUACUUUACUGGGGAACCAGAAAAUACACACGACAUAGUAAAAGCUAUGGCAUUGGAAUUUCAAAAAAUGAAUAAAGUUACGGAUGAAGAGUUAAAUAGAGCAAAGAAAAGUUUAAAAAGUUUUAUGUGGAUGAGUUUAGAAUAUAAGUCCAUUUUAAUGGAAGAUUUAGCAAGACAAAUGAUGAUUCUGAAUCGGGUUCUUUCUGGAAAACAGCUAUGUGAUGCAAUAGAUGCAGUAAACAAAGAAGAUAUCAAUAGAAUUGUUGGACACUUUUUGAAAACGAAACCAACUGUUGUUGUCUAUGGAAAUAUUAACCAUUCUCCACAUUACGAUGAAAUAUGCAAAAUUUUGGGAUAA